GCUCAAGCAGGGUGGAUAUUUUUACGCUGCUCCUGCAUACCACCCCGUACUUGUUUGGCACACUCAGGAAGCCUGCCGCUCAUAGCCCGCCUCUCGCGGGAAGGAUAUAUGACGCCAGCCGCGGCUUCUGCCCUUGCGCCACCUGCGGCGGCCUGUGAGGACACUUUUGCCUUUGACAACGUCGUGUCGCUGCUCGCGUUUGUCCUGGGGUACUUCGUGUUCUCCCCGAGGUGCCGCCCUGUCACCCUGUGUGCGCUGCGGGCGUGCCACCGGGUCAUCGCCGACCUGCUCGGCGUCCAGCCGGAGCUCCCGAGCCCGAAGCAAUGAGGCCAGGGUGCUGGAGAGAGCCCCCUCGCGCAACUUGUCGGCGCGCGGAAGAUGUCGGGCCAUCGCCGCUUGCCGCUCGAGUGCGUGCGGGCUGGUGCGCAGACGCAGAAUGACGUGUGCGCGGCCAGCUUCGUGCAGGAGGUUCAUGCCGCCGCUGGGCAGCCUGCGGUCCGUGAGGGCCCCGGCGGCAGCUGUGCGGACCCCUGUGGUGCCACGGCACCCGCCAGGGCGUUGCCCGUCCGUGACCGUAAUGAAGACGGGACCUUGAGAUGCUUGGUCUCUUGGCCGCUUAGCUUGCUCGUGUCUGUCCUCCUCAGCUUCCCAGGGUAUUCCAACGGAUCAAUCAGAUUUCGGGGCUCGUGUCUGUCC